AUGUUGGGUGAGGAAGACAAAGACAAAUUAAGUGAGGAAGAAAGUGAAAAAAUUAUAGAAUCUAUCUCAAGACUGAAAAACAAUAUUGACAAGGACAGAGUUGAUAUUGUCAAUUGUAUCCAAGUAGGCUCAACGUUUCUACUAACAGUGAUUGUAGAUAACUACGCAGCAGAUAAAUACGCAGCACAAUUAAUUGUUUACAAAGAGAAAGAACCCGAUGUGAAUAUAAUUAUAGAAAAUAAUAAAAUAACUGUAUUACAGGCUGAAAAGGUGGCGCAAACAAUCGAGAAAGAAUUAUUUUCAUUAUUUUCAGACCAAAUAAAUCAACAAAAACAUAGAUAUGAUGUCGAAGAUUAUUUAGUAGAAGUUAAAGAUUGCAAUCAACUUUUACAAAAAAUUAAUAAAAUGCUAAAUGAAAAAUCCGAAUUACAAGCCGAAAUAAUUAAAAAGCUAGAAGUCGAAUUAAAAGAAGAAGAUGCUAAGGCUAUUCAAGAAAUAAAGAAGAUUAGAGACGAUUUAGCAAAGAUGGAAAAAGAAUUAGAAGAAGCUAAGGAAGAUUUAAAAUCUAAACAAAAAAAAAUUGAAGAAAUGGAAAAGCAGAUGGAAGAAAUUAAGCAGGAAGGAACGGAGAACCCAGAUAUAAAUAAUCAGCUGAAAAAAAUUCGAGAGAAUUUAAAAAACUCAUAUAAGAAAUUAGAAGACUAUGAAAAGAAUUUGACUAAUCCAGUUCUUCGAAAAGUAAAGCCACCAGUAAUGAUAGUGAAUAAAACAUUAAAUAAGUACACAAUGCAUACACUAAGUUUAGGAACAGCAAUCAAUUAUGUAGGUGGUGUAGUAUCGACUUCUGGUUAUGGUGUAAUUGGUGGUUGCAUAACUUUAGCUGGUUCAGCUAUUGACACUAUCACUUCUAAAAUAGAAGAAUUGGAUGAGAAAGGACAUGAAGCAUUAAUUACAUUAGAAGAAACUUGCCAAAGAUUAAGGAAAAUUUAUAAGACUUUGGUUGAACAAAAAAGAUUAGAAGUAGAACGUUUAGAAAUUUCGGAUUUUUCGGAUUUUUCAGAAUUAGUUAACAAGUUGCAAAAUAAUAUCAUUAAAGGAGCCGAGCUGGACAUAAUAGAUCAAAUUGAAAAAUUGAAAUAUAAAACGAAAGCUAUUGAUAAAGAGUUAAAAGAAUUAAUAAAAACUCAGCAAGAACAGUCGACCGAAUCCAUUUCUCAGGAAGAACAGUCAACUAAAUCCAUUUCUCAGCAAGAACAGUCAACCAAAACCAUUUCUUCAUCUAGUCGAGAAUUAGAAGAUAUUAAUCGAUUAAGGCUAGAGACCGGAACCAGUUAUAAUCCUUUAAACCAACUUAAUUCAAUUCUUUCACAUUUGUACUGA